GUGUUGCCCAAACUCUGCAGGCUCUUUGUUUGAAAUUCCACGGUGACUGGUAAUCUGUAAGGACGCUCAGCGUGGACCUCUAAGUGCUGACUGAUCCAGACCCUGCCUGGUCCCCCUGAACCUGACACCCACCAUGGAUGACUUUGACCGCCGCAGAGAGCUGAGGAGACAAAAGCGGGAAGAGAUGCGCCUGGAAGCAGAGAGAAUCGCCUACCAGAGGAAUGAUGACGACGAGGAAGAGGCUGCCCGAGAAAGGCGCCGCCGAGCCCGGCAGGAAAGGCUGCGGCAGAAGCAGGAGGAAGAAUCCCUGGGGCAGGUGACUGACCAGGUGGAGGUGAAUGCCCAGAACAGUGUGUCUGCCGAGGAAGCCAAGACAAGCGCCCCCAACCCUCAGGGGGAGGGCGAUGAGGAAGCUGCCCUCCUGGAGCGCCUGGCCCGGCGGGAGGAGAGGCGCCAAAAACGCCUCCAAGAAGCUCUGGAGCGACAGAAGGAGUUCGACCCCACCAUCACCGACGCAGGCGGGUCGCUCCCCAGCCGAAUGGAGAACAACACGGCCGAGAAUGAGGCCGCCGAGAAGGAGGAGAAGAGCGAGAGUCGCCAAGAGAGCUAUGAGAUAGAGGAAGUGCAGAUCAUCACCAAGGCCUACCAGAAGAACGACUGGAGGGACGCGGCCGGAGAGAACAAGAAAGAAGAAAAGGAGGAGGGAGAGGAAGAGAAGCCAAAGCAGGGAAGCGUUGACGACCAUCAGGUAGAGGUUAUGGUGGAGGAAAGAAGGAGAGAAGGCACAGCGGAAGCUGUCGGGACGCCCCUGAAAAACGGGCAUCUCAGUGCAGAAGAGAGCACCCCAGAGGAGGGGAGGGACCAAGAGUCGGAGGAGGGGGCCCAUCAGGAAAAGGUGGAAGCGAUCGAAAGGGAGCGGGCCGAGGCAGAGAGGGCAAAGUUGGAGGCGGAAGAAAGAGAAAGACUUCAGGCCGAGCAAGAGAGAAAGAUGGCGGAGGAAAGAGCUAGGGUGGAGGCCGAAGCACAAGCUGCACGAGAAAGGGAGCAGAGGGAGAGAGAAGAAAGGGAAAGAGCGGAGGAGGAAGAGAAAAGGGCAGAGGAGAGGCGACGGGCACAGGCGGAGGAGGAAGAGAAAAGGGCAGAGGAGAGGCGACGGGCACAGGCCGAGGAGGAAGAGAGGGCCAAACGAGAGGAGCAAAGACGUAGGCAGCAACUGGAAGCGAACAGAAACGAAGCUCAAGAGCGGAGGAGCCAGGGGGAGAGGGUCCCAGAGCAACUAGCAGGGAAACGGGUCCCUGAGAAGAAGGUGCCAGAAGAGAAAGCUCAGCCCGCCCACCCCAAGAAACAGGGAGAAGACAAAGGGACUAAAGUACAACUUAAGAGAGAAAAGUCCCAAGAAGACAAGGCCACCUUCAAAAAAGAAGAGAGCAAAGGUGAGAAGCUCAGAAAGGACAAAGAGCCCAAGGAAGAAGGGAAGAGCAUCCUGGAUCGGAAGAAGGGAUUCACAGACGUCAAGGCUCAGAAUGGAGACUUUAUGGCUCACAAACUGAAGCCCACCGAGAACACUUUCAGCCGCGGUGGUGCAAGGCCAAGCUCAGAAACCAAGGAGACAGAGGCCACCUCCCAAGUGGAGGCCGGCAAGCGCUUGGAGGAGCUUCGACGCCGGCGCGGGGAGACGGAGAGUGAGGAGUUCGAGAAGCUCAAACAGAAGCAGCAGGAGGCAGCCCUGGAGCUGGAGGAGCUGAAGAAGAAGAGGGAGGAGCGGAGGAAAGUCCUGGAGGAAGAGGAGCAGAAGAAGAAGCAGGAGGAGGCAGAGCGCAAAGCCCGGGAGGAGGAGGAGAAGAGGAGGCUAAAGGAGGAGAUUGAAAGGCGAAGAGCAGAGGCUGCUGAGAAACGCCAGAAGAUGCCCGAAGAUGGCUUAUCCGAGGAUAAGAAGCCCUUCAAGUGCUUCACUCCCAAAGGUUCAUCUCUCAAGAUAGAAGAGCGAGCGGAAUUUUUGAAUAAGUCUGCGCAGAAAAGUGGUGUCAAAUCAACUCAUCAAGCCACCGUCGUCUCCAAGAUUGACAGCCGACUGGAGCAGUAUACCAGUGCCAUUGAGGGAACAAAAUCUUCAAAACUUACGAAGCCAGCUGCCUCGGAUCUUCCCGUCCCCGCGGAGGGGGUGCGCAAUAUCAAGAGCAUGUGGGAGAAGGGGAACGUCUUCUCAUCCCCCACCGCGUCGGGCACCCCAAACAAGGAAACAGCUGGCUUGAAGGUGGGAGUGUCCAGCCGCAUCAGUGAAUGGUUGACCAAAACCCCAGAAGGGAGCAAGUCACCGGCUCCCAAACCUUCUGAUUUGAGACCAGGAGAUGUAUCAGGCAAGAGGAACCUCUGGGAGAAGCAGUCUGUGGAAAAGGUCACCUCUCCCACUAAGGUUUGAGACCCUUCAAGAAGGAACCCAACAUAGGCCUCGCGACGCUGGGGCAGCGCAGCUGAGGGAGGCUGAUCUGCUCUGUUUUAUAUUUAUGUUGGUCUACUCCGUCGGGUUCAUUCUCUCUUGUUGUAUUUCCCAUUAUCCCAGUAAGCCCAUGUAUAUGAUCACUAUAUUUAAUAAUCGCAGUCUAGAGAUGUUCAUGGUAAAAGUACUGCCUUUGCACGGGAGCCUGUUUCUAAAGAAAACCAUGCUGUGAAAUCGAGACUUUUCUACUGAUCCUCGGAGCGCUGUAUCCCAACAGUGACCCCCAACCACACCAGAAGUCACCGGAGGGGAGAUCCCAGUGGGAGGGGGGAAUUUGCCUGAGGAAUGCAUGCAGUAUCUACAGGAAAAAAACAAACCCAAACAAAACAACCGUAGCGGUUUGUUUUUGUGUUUGAAAUACAGAAGUCGUCUUGUCUCUGCACUUUAGGGUAAAAAGCAUGGAAGGAAUUAUCUUAGGAGGUAAUUCUAACCCUUUCUGAAAGUCACUCAUUUCAGACUUGAGAAUCUACAAUCAUGAUUGCCUUAAAAAAAAAAGGACUGUUAGGGUGUGCCUUUUCCAGGCUGAUUCGUAUCUCCUUGGGGUCUGAUGGGCGUGGACAGUGGUACUGAUUUCUUUAGGUUGGUUGCUUUGUGGACUUCUUUGCUAGUGAUAGGAACCUGACCCACACUUUAGAUGACCUGAUUAUGUAUGUAUGUGCAUAGACUUAUGCAGACACACUAAUGGUAGAACGCUUUCUUUAUGUGCUAGAUGAUUAUAUUUAGUAGCAUGUCCUUAUAACUAGCCAUUAUCACAACUUUAAAUUUUUUUUCAAAUCACAAUAUUAUGUUAAUAUUCCAUCUUUGCCAAUAACUACUGCAUGGCAGAAUAGGUUUUGGUAUGUUGUCGAUGGCCUCUAAGGAAAAAAAUGUAUUGGAAAAAAAAAAAAAAAAAAGGGGUCAUGUCAAACCAAGUUGACAUUUCCUGCAUUUUUGUUUAUAAUUCAGAGCCAUGUGGAAGGUCAGUAUGGAUUUUACUAAAUCUGCCCUCUCAGUUCAACGCCAGGUCGGCUUGUCCUGAACAAUAAAAUUCACCGCAGGCCUGGUCUUAGGGGAUCCCUCUGGCCCCUUCCUUCUCUCAAAUUAAAGAGCAGAAUUUAAGGGGAGAAGCUGGCACAGGGUGGAAUUCCACCUCUGGGCCUACAUAAAGGGCCAUGGUGGUGAGUGGUCAGAAGCAGGAAGGGAAAGGUAACAGAGCCCAGUGUUGGAUAGCCCUGCCGGCAUCUCCACCUUGAGUAUCCUCUGAGACAUUUGUUGUCAACUGACCGUCUCUACCUUCUCCUGUCAUUUGUCGUACUUGGAUCCUGUGUGGCCAGUUCAAAACGACCUGUUAACUUUCUGUGUGUUUUGAUCCUUCACCCCCAGAGUCUUUUUUUUUUUUAACAGAAACCAUCCAGAUAUCAAGUCUCACUUGAGGCUGUCAGACUUUCUUCUCUACAGGGUAUGAGAGGCGUGCUCUCCAGUGGCUCCACAGACCUUCCUAGUCAUAGACAUCACCAUCUAAUGGGGCCCUAUAAACCUCCGUCUCCACUGCCUUAGUCUCCAUCCCAACCGCAGGGGAGGAGCCGCCAAGGAAUGAUUUCCUAACUCACAGUGUACCCCUAAGAGAACUAGCCAGGGCAGUGCUGGCCUGAGGAGUGGUUACGAGCAUCCAAAAUCUACUUUCCUCAUAAAUGGAUAACAAGUACUUGAGUCCAUAAAUGGAUAACAAGUACUUGUAGCACAGCUGGGCCGAAGGAUAGAAGCCACCAAUAUUCCACAAGUAGCCCUCUCCCACCCCAGACAGAGUAGACCGAAGGCUAUGGUAAGAUCAACUACAAGCUGGAGAUGCAACACUGGCUCAGCCUCAGGUCUCAUCACUGGAGUGACAGAAAGCAGCAUUUGAACUAUGGCCUCUGUAAGGUGACACCCCUCUGCAGCUCUUUAAAGUAAGGGCUGCACCUGGUCAUCAUUAACCAUGUUUCCAGACAACAGUGGAGAAGUGGAGCUAGCAAUCCUGAUUUUAAUCCCAAUAGUUGGCUGGAGUGCCUUUUAGGGUAGACUCUUGUUGUGUGGGGCUUCAAUCUUUAGGCAAACAAAUUCCUGGCUUACUUGUUCCAUUACGAUUCUCUUUGUUAUCUUUAAGAGGUAAAAACUGCAAACUGACUAGCAUGUUCUGUGAAUCUGCCAUUCAUAAAACUUUUCUAGACACAGCAUCUUUUUAUCACUGAUUACUGAUCGCUGCAAUACAAAUAUAUUGUGAAAAUGCAUCCACAAUAAAUGGAAUUCCUCCCAA